AUGAGCUCCAAAACCAACCUGGCCGUACUACUAUUCAAGUAUAAUGGGCUUUUAAAAUCAUUAGAUGAAAUGAAUAAAGAUGAAAAGUCUUCCGGGGAAGAACCAAUGAAGUUUGAAGGCUAUCUUUUGGCUGCUUUACAGUCUUUAACGUCUGUUUUUGAUGCUGUUGAUAUGUUAAGAGCUAUUGGUAUUAUUAGACCAACUAAUACUCUAUAUAAAAGGAUACAGCGCAACAGCUUGGACUCGAAGGUUAGAUUGGUUACGUCUUUACUUUUGAUAAGGAAAACUCUAGGGCAGCUAUUAAAGCUGGUAAGGAUACGGCAUGACCUGACAGCGGAGUCAAGUUCGAUUAGUAAUGCCGUGAGUUCCGAUAGCUUUACCGAAAAAAUCCAAGCGAAGUUUGAAGAAAGUUUGAAAGCUAUUAAUCAAAAGAUCAGGUUGGUAAUAAUUGAUUUGGUGGACCUAAUACUGUACCUGGCAUUCAUAGCUGUUGAUCUUUGCCGGUUUAAGAUAGUGAAAAGAUACGAAAGAGCGUUGCAGUUGAUUUUAAGCGUCUUUUACGCUGUGAAACCUUUUAAGGCAUUAUCGGAGUUUACUCAAAAGACUUGA